CGUUUUUGAUUGACACCUGGCUGUCAGUGAUGAUCAGUCUGCAUCAGUCUUGCCGUUUUAAUAGUCGAGUAGAUCUGUUUUUCGUACUAAAUUGGAUAUUGUUCUCAGUGCUGGACUUGGACUGAAAUAGGGGCUGGUACUCAUUUUGGGUGCUGGCACAGUUGAUAUUUAGCUGCAGGAGCUCCACAAUAGUUUUGAGUUCAUAUUCUAUAACAGGAACAGGAGUUCAAGUAGUAGAAGGGUGAGCUCCUGCCCAAGUCAAGCACUGGCCGUAGCCGUGGGAAGUAUGUUUGGGGGGAAACUGCUAUAUCAGGACUAUUAAAAGGCGCAAUACUUUUAUUUUUAUUAUAUACAUAUUUUAUUAACAUUUGAUUUGUAUUCAGAUUCUUCAGGGGAUGCUGUAGCACCUUCAGCACCCCUACUUCCCGCGGCUAUGGCACUGCCGACAAUCCUAUGUUUUACCAUUUAAAAAGUGUUUUCUCCCUUUCUCCCCUUGUAAACAUGGUAGCUAGGCCUACACACAGACACUGGCCCUGUUUUGUCAUUGACCAUGAAAUACUGCCAGCCAAAAGAAUACUGAGAAAAUAGGAUCAUUUCAGAUGUAGCCUAGAGACACCAUGUUGUGCAGGAAUUCAGUGGCCGUUGGAUCAUCACAAAGACAGCAAUAUGAUGGUACUAGGAGACAGGUUUUUGGCUUGAAUGAGAACCGGUGGACCAAAACGGCAGAGUUGGAGGCAUCUCGAGAUGACCGUUGGAAUUCAAAAAUCUGUAGUCAUCAUCGGCACGCGGGCACAAGCAGAAGAGUCAGACACCACAGUGGGCCCACUCCGGACUCGACCGAAGAGGCCAACUUUCUAUUGCUGGACAACCUUCUCUACUUCCAAACACUUGAUCCUGAGUUUACUUCAGGACUCUUUACGUUGCUGCUGAUGCUGUUGGAGUGGACCAGACCAGGCCUACCGUCUCCCCUGCGGCCGAUCUGUGACCUGCGGGUCCUAAAACACUUCAUUGAAGAGGCCAGAGAUGCCCAAGCAGCCAUGCUGACUUGUAAAGAAGGAUGUGGUCUUCCAGAGCCCGUCACUGUUCCCCAAACCAAAGUAGACUUCAGCAUCUGGGAGAGGAAAAAUGCACUGGAGCAAGCUCAGGAGGUACAGUCUGGCCUGUGGCUGUUAAACCAGGCCAUUGGCUCGCUACGAGCCUCCGUCACCAACACAGCGUUGCAAAGCCACAUAGACAACAGCCUCAUAAACAUCUUCAGAAUAGGAAAGGUGCUGCGCAGCCUCAACAUCCAGGAGUGCAACCCUCCAGCAGGAGGAGUGUCUGGAGGAGAGGAGACAUGGCGGGUGUCGUCUGCUUCAGAGCUGCUUCAGGUCCACGUCAACUUCCUGCGAGGCAAGCUGCAGCUCUUGCUGUCCAACGCGCCCAUCUGCCACUAGGGCGGCAGCUGAUUGGGGCUCUCCGAGGCGGGGCCGAGUUGAUUGGAGCUUCCCGAGGCAGGGGGUGGGAUCUGACACUAUUGACCCUGCUUGUUGCCAGGUAGAACUCUAAAAGAUGAGUGGGUGGACCAGAUCUUCACAGGAGAGAAUUAAGCUAUAUGGACAGAACAGUUCCUAUUGGACUUUAAAAGGAAAAGAGCAGGUAGCACCUUGAACAUGGAGAUGAGGGAAGUAUGUGGUUAAGAAAUCACACACCCGAAAAGGAAUGGGGCCUACAGAAUGCACAGCUCCACAGCUCUUUAAUGGGCACUCUUCAGCACUUUGUGUGUGUCUGUAUGUCUUUUAGCAUGAGUGUGAUUCUGUGGCCCCUACUGCAAUGGAAUGUGACUUCUCAUCGCUAAGCCUGCGUAAUCGACGCAGAUUGCACAUGACGACACCUUGUUGGAGUUCUACUCAACUGUCAUUGACUGCCUAUCAAAUUCCAGAAUGAGGGGGCCUAGCCUGUACCACAAACUCUUCAAACACCACCUGCCUCGUUCUUAACACAAAACACUUCUCCAACUGCUGUCUAUCAGUGUCCUCAUAUGUAUUAUAUAUUGCUAAUGUAAUUACUUAUUUAUAGAGAUUUAUAUUUUUACUUUUAAGCUCCAGUUACUGUCAUGACUAUAGUAUUAUGAGAGAUAUACUGUAACUAGGAGCUAGAGACCACAGUUGAGCUCUAACGAUUGACCAUAAUUACUGUAUACCACCACUGAACAUUGUUGUUAAGAUAUUUGUACAAGUCAAUAUCCAACUGUUCACUGUCUGUUACCCUUUGUAGAAGACAUGAUCUGUGUGUUUGUAUGUACUGUAUGUGUGAGAGAGUACCUGUUUGAAUGAGUUUUAUACAACUCCUUAUAACCCUAUUGAAUGGACUAGAGGGGGGAAGAAACAGAAGGUUCAGUCAGUUGAAGGAGGAAAAUAUUGAGCGGAAGAGGGAGAGGGGGCUUACGUGAGAACUCCGAAGCUAUGCUGUGAUUAUCAGUGUCUGGUUUAUGCACACCAGCACUCAAAUAGAGCUUCGACGCAGAUAGCAUGACUGCCAGGAAAAAUAUUGAUUGGUUCUCAUGAUGAACAUCCUGCAUGCCUCUCUCUCGCCUUCAUUCAAGCAGCAGCCAAUCAAGCUCAAUCCUGGGAACCUUUGGAGUCGCUGACGUUGGGGAUUCUUCCAAUGUCGGGAUUAGUGUUUUUCUCCUGUGUUUUGUUUCCCGUAUUAAAAGUCUUGCAGUCACAGUGCA